AAUGCUGUCAACAAUGAUGGCAAUAAUUGUUUGCACCUCUCAAUAAUAAAAAAAGAGAUGUUCCAUUCUGAGGUGGAACCCAUUCCCAUUUUAGAUGAGUGCUGCAGAGAGCUCCAACUGGACAUGGAUAGGAGGCUCUCUGGAAUAGUAGUUUUGAGUUACCUUGCCAGCCAAGGAGCCAGCUUAUACCAUCAUAAUAAUAAGAAAAUGACCCCAUUGGACUACAUAGAAAAUCAACAUUUGAAAGAAAAAUUAAAAACAUUUUUACAAUCACUGUGUCGGUGGUGUCAAGAAAAAAGGCUACUGUCACACUCCAUCCAUGUCAACAUACCGUUACUUGUCAGAAUUGCUGUUCUCAAUGACAUUUAA